GCCGUCCUGGCCAUUUUGUCAUUUUGAUUGAUACGGAGCAAAUACUAAUAAUAAUUACUCUACGCCAUCCCAGCCUGAUUUCUCUCCUCUCCUUAAAGAAAAAGAGGAAACAAAAACCUCUCUGCACCCUUUUUUCCUCCUCUCUCUUUAGACCGAACCCAGACCAAACCCUUCUCCCCUGCCCAAAAUGAAAAUGGAGGCUCUGGACCCGACGUCGUGCUUCCUCGUCGACGACGACGACCUUUUCAACUUCUCCCUGGACGACGAAGCGGAAGAGAAAGAAACGAACCAGGCCUCCGCCGCCGCAAUUGGCCAUUCUUCUUCCUUGGAAUCAUCGAAACCCGUUAGUCCCGACGACUUCCCUGAAGAUAUGGAGGAAGAACUUGAGUGGAUAUCAAACAAGGAUGCAUUCCCAGGUGUUGAAACAUGUUUUGGUAUUUUUGUGGAUAACCCGUUAUUUCAACAGAAGAGCCCAGUAUCUGUUUUGGAGAAUAGCAACAGUAGUAAUAAUAAUAGCAAUAGAACCGGAAUUAGCACUCAGAACGGUAUGAUUAUUAGUUGCAAUGCUAGCUUACAAGUGCCAAUCACUUAUCCUAUGCGUCAACGGAGCAAGAAUAUGAGAAAACCCCGAACAGCAGGAUUUGGUGACUUGCCUGCCAAGAAUUGCCUAUGGGCGAAAAACUGGAAAACUAAGCACGGCCCAUCAUCAUCGUCAUUCCAAAUGCUUCCCAUAAGAACGGUGAAAGAGUCUACUAUUGGGAGGCGGUGUCAGCACUGCGGAGUUGAUAAGACUCCACAAUGGCGAGCUGGACCUAUGGGCCCAAAGACCUUAUGUAAUGCAUGUGGGGUGCGGUAUAAGUCUGGUAGACUCCUUCCGGAGUAUCGCCCUGCUAAUAGCCCUACCUUUUCGCCAGCAGUGCAUUCCAAUUCUCACCGUAAAGUCUUGGAGAUGAGGCGGCAGAGGGUGGAGAUGAAGCAUGUGGAUAAUAUAGGGUAGCUUAGUGGUGAGUAGUUUACAGCAUCUUAUGCAGCUUUUUUUUUUCUUUUUUCUUCCGAAAAGUUCAGUCAGCUCAAGUAAGGCUUUAGGAUUGUUGUAAUGGGCCUAGAUGGUUAGUGAUGAUUCAUAGUUCAUUUCGUUUCUGUUAUAUAAACUGUUUAGGAGAAUUAUAAACUUAGUUGUGUUUUUUUCAUGAAUAGAACAGAAGUUCCUAACAUAGGAGGAGUGUUCAUGGUUUGAUCCUUUGCUAUGUCUAAGUUUCAUGGUGUUAAUUUGAAUUGAUGAAAUUUUGAUAGGAUUAAAUAUGGUUAUGAGGUUUGCUUUG